UCUUGCAGGGUGCUCAGUCAAGAGCGGAGUGUGUGAGUGCACACACAAAAGAGAGAGAACAGACGAUAGAAAGAGAGAGCGGUUCUAUUCUGGUUUAUUUGUCUCCUCCAGACACCCAGGACUCCUCUGGCUCUCUCUACCCCGACAGGGUGCUUGUUGAUGGUGUAACACUAGAUCAGCUCAGCCUCCAUCCUUUGGGAACUCGGAGCUCCCUCUCUCACCUUCUGUGUUUGCUCUCCACCCACUGGCUGACUUUCUUUAUUUGGAGUGUGUGAGAGUGUGUUUUACUCGGCAGGAUUAGGCAGUCUGUACGCACUCUGGUACAAGCUGGUACGGUGGAGGGCGUUUCGUUUGUGAGUAUGUUGUUCGCCUCUCGCCCUGCGAGCCACACUUGAGUCUCGCAUACACCCUUCGGAUCUAACGGAACACGCACCUACUGUUCCCAAGGAUUUGGGAUAUGUGUAUAAAGGUUUAGCCUUCUCUGAAUUGUGGAUACAGAGAGGACUACACAUUGCAACUUCACUGAGCAGGUGAGAGAGACGUAACACUGCUUUCACCGGUUAUCCACAUGGACUGAGGUUGAGAGAGGGAGGAUUUCCCUCUUGUAUUACCCUCCUUCCAGGCUGACCGGUGAGGUCUCCAAGUACUGAGAGGUUGCUUUUCCCAUUGACUGAAUUUCAGAUAGUGAACCUGAUGAGAGGAUGCAGCAGGAAGCAGACGAGCGACUGAGCCCCACCUGAGCCCUGAACCAUCACCUCCCCCGCCCGGCUGUCCCAUCAUGCACCUGCCAUUUCGAGGUCGUCUGAAGCUGCUCGUGGCGUCUCUGACCGCCGUCAUCCUGCUCACCUGGCUCUACCUGCUGGCUGGGAACCUGGAGAAUGGGCGUUCUCUCCUCCUGUCCCCCUGUCUGUCAGAGACCCCCGAGGCACGGGUUCUAGAGCGGGCGGUUCUAGAGUCGCGGGUGCGCGAGAUGGAGGAGGAGAACAGGCAGAUCCGCUUGCAGCUCAACCACUUGCAGGGCACGGCUGGCCAGCCCGCCGACGGCGGUAACUACGGCAAUGCGGCAUGGGGGGCAUCAGCUGACACUGGGCCCGAGGAUGUGGAGAACACGGCGGAGGAGAGAGCCAAUCACACCGAGUGUCCCCGUUCGCCCACCGUACUGAAGUGUGAGCUGAUCCAUGUAGCGUGCGUGUGUGCCGGUCACAACGCCAGCAGAGAUGUGGUCACCCUGGUCAAGUCCAUCCUGUUCCACAGGAGAAACCCUCUCCAUUUCCACUUCAUCACAGACGCAGUAGCCAAUCAGAUCCUGAGUUCUCUGUUCCAGUCCUGGAUGGUUCCGUCUGUACAAGUUAGCUUCUAUGACGCAGACGAACUCAAGUCGGAGGUGUCAUGGAUACCUAACAAGCACUACUCAGGUAUCUACGGCCUGAUGAAGCUGACCCUAACCAAGGCGCUGCCCUCUGACCUCACAAAGGUCAUCGUCCUGGAUACGGACAUCACCUUCGCCACCGACAUCGCUGAGCUCUGGGCCAUCUUCAGGAAGUUCACUGACAAGCAGGUGAUAGGUCUGGUGGAGAACCAGAGUGACUGGUACCUGGGGAACCUGUGGAAGAACCACAAACCCUGGCCCGCCCUGGGACGAGGCUUCAACACUGGGGUCAUCCUGCUCUACCUGGAGAGGCUGCGACGGAUUGGCUGGGAGCAGAUGUGGAGGCUGACCGCCGAGAGAGAGCUAAUGAGCAUGCUCAGUACCUCGCUUGCGGACCAGGACAUCUUUAAUGCGUUCAUUAAGCAGAACCCAGUCCUAGUGCAUCAGCUGCCCUGCUUCUGGAACGUUCAGCUGUCUGACCACACACGCUCUGAACAGUGCUACACAGAGGUGUCUGACCUCAAGGUGAUCCAUUGGAACUCUCCUAAGAAACUUCGUGUGAAGAACAAGCAUGUGGAGUUCUUCAGGAACCUCUACCUUACCUUCCUUGAGUACGAUGGGAACCUACUGAGACGAGAGCUGUUUGGCUGCCCCAGCCAGGCCACCUCAGAGAGCGUUCGGUUACAAGGAGCUCUGGAGGAGCUGGAUGAAGACGACCAGUGUUAUGACUUCCGGCGGGAGCGAAUCACAGUGCACCGCGUGCACCUCUACUUUCUGCAGUACGAGUACACGCCCGCCGGGGAUGACACGGACGUCACGCUGGUCGCACAGCUCUCCAUGGACAGGUUACAGAUGCUGGAGGCCAUAUGUAAGCACUGGGAAGGACCUAUCAGCCUGGCCCUGUACAUGUCAGACGCUGAGGCCCAACAGUUCCUGCGUUACGCCCAGGCCUCCGAGGUGCUGAAGAACCGUAAGAACGUGGGCUACCAUAUCGUUUACAAGGAGGGCCAGUUCUACCCCGUCAACCUGGUGAGAAAUGUGGCCCUGAGGAACGCCAACACACCCUAUGUGUUCCUGGCAGACGUGGACUUCCUGCCCAUGUACGGCCUCUAUGAUUACCUCAGGAAGUCAGUGGUCCAGUUAGACAUGGCCCACACUAAGAAAGCUCUGGUUGUACCGGCCUUUGAGACGCUGCGCUACCGCCUCUCCUUUCCCAAAUCCAAAGCUGAGCUGCUCUCCAUGCUGGACAUGGGGACCCUCUACACCUUCAGGUAUCACGUCUGGACCAAGGGCCAUGCUCCUACCAACUACGCCAAGUGGCGGACAGCCACCACGCCCUAUAAGGUGGAGUGGGAGGCGGACUUUGAGCCCUAUGUGGUGGUGAAGCGGGACUGUCCUGAGUAUGACCAGCGCUUCGUGGGAUUUGGCUGGAACAAGGUCUCCCAUAUCAUGGAGCUAGAUGCACAGGAGUACGACCUGAUGGUUCUGCCCAACGCGUUCAUGAUCCACAUGCCACACGCACCCAGCUUCGACAUCUCCAAGUUCCGCUCCAGCCCAGGCUACCGAUACUGCCUGCAGACCCUAAAAGAGGAGUUCCACCAAGACCUGUCCCGGAAGUACGGCGCAGCCGCCCUCAAGUACCUUACUGCUCAGAGGAACAUCUAAACCAGGACUCCCAAGGGCCACUGGGCUUCAUACCUAGGGCCCCAACGGCCCCAUGCUGGUCCCUGGCAAGUCUAAAGGGGUUUGGGAAUACUGGCAACUAUCAGCCAAUAUCACUACUAAGCUUGAAUAGCUUUAAAGUCUUGUAGAACAUUCUGGAGAUGUGUUAGCUUAACUUUCUGGGGUGGUUUGGGCUGGGAUGACCCACCCAACUAUGCUAUAAUGGGUUAUGACCCAAACUGGAAUAAAAACAAAGAACCAAACAGAUCAGACAUGACAGUGGUGACAAGAUAUUGGGCUCACUGGGAAUAAGUUUCUCUGAAAGGGAUGAGUGGUUGACUGCUUUAAGUCUGGGAGAAAGUGACGAUUAUCAUGAUUUGUUCUGACAAUCAGGGCCUUUUCUGAGGAAAAUACAUCUCAAACCAAUCUGUCCACAUGGGAUAUCUGGACCUGGAACUCAAGGACAGGAAUUUGGGGAAACACAGAACUGAAAGUAAAGGAAGUUGCGUCUUCCCUGGUCUCUUCAAGAGGAUGAGUCGGGAAUCACGUUCGGAGUGACCAAUCAAACUGGAGAAACGUUUAAGCCUUAUAAUUUUCCAUUAUAUUUAAUGAUAUCAGUAUUUUUCUCAAUGUAAAUGAUUAUCAAUUAUUAACAAACAAAUAUGGCAUAUAUACACCACCAGUCAAAAUUUUUAGAACACCUACUCAUUCAAGGGUUUUUCUUUAUUUUUACCAUUUUCUACAUUGAAGAAUAAUAGUGAAGACAAACUAUAAAAUAACACAUAUGGAAUCAUGUUGUAACCCAGAAAUUGUUAAACAAAUCAAAAUAUUUAUAUUUUGGAAUCUUCAAAUAGCCACCAAACUUUGUCUUAAUGACAGCUUUGCACGCUUGGCAUUCUCUCAACCACCUUCACCUGGAAUUCUUUUCUAACAGUCUAGAAGGAAUUCCCACUUGUUGGCUGCUUUUCCUUCACUCUACGGUCGUACUCAUCCCAAACAUCUCUAUUUGGUUGAGGUCGGAGGAUUGUGGAGGCCAGGUCAUCUGAUGCAGCACUCCAUCACUCUCCUUCUUGGUCAAAUAGCCCUUACACAGCUUGGAGGUGUGUGGGUCAUUGUCCUGUUGAAAAACAAAUGACAGUAUCAAUAAGCCCAAACCAGAUGGGAUGGCGUGUAGCUACAGAAUGCUGUGGUAGCCAUGCUGGUUAAGUGUGCCUUGAAUUCGAAAUAAAUCACAAACAGUGUCACCAGCAAAGCACCCCCCACAUAACACCUCCAUGCUUUACGGUGGGACAUACACAUGUGGAGAUCAUCCGUUCACCCACACUGCGUCACAAAGACACGGCGGUUGGAAACAAAUCUUCAAUUUGGACUCCAGACCAAAGGACAAAUUUCCUCUGGUCUAAUGUCCAUUGCUCAUGUUUCUUGGCCCAAGCAAGUCUUUUCUUAUUAUUGGGGUCCUUUAGUAGUGGUUUAUUUGCAGCAAUUUGACCAUGAAGGCCUGAUUUCACAGUCUCCUCUGAUCAGUUGCUGUUUAGAUGUGUCUGAUACUUGAACUCUGUGAAGCAUUUAUUUGGGCUGCAAUUUCUGAGGAUGGUAACUCUAAUGAACAUAUCCUCUGCAGCAGAGGUAACUCUGGGUUUUCCAUUCCUGUGGCGGUCCUCAUGAGAGUCAGUUUCAUCAUAGCACUUGAUGGUUUUUGGGACUGCACUUGAAGAAACUUUCAAAGUUCUUAUUUUUCCGUGUUGACUAACCUUAAUGUCUUAAAGUAGUGGACUGUCGUUUGUCCUUGCUUAUUUGAGCUGCUGUUGCCAUAUUAUGGACUUGGUCUUUCACCAAAUAGAGCUAUCUUCUGUAUACCCCCUUGUCACAACACAACUGAUUGGCUCAAACACAUUAAGAAGGAAAUACAUUUCACAAAUGAACAUAAGGCACACCUGUUAAUUAAAAUGCAUUCUAGGUGACUACCUCAUGAAGCUGUUUGAGAGAAUGCCAAGUGUGGUCAUGGCAAAGGGCGGCUAUUUGAAAAAUCUCAAAUAUGAAAUAUAUUAUGAUUUGUUUAACACUUUGUUGGUUACUACAUGAUUCCAUAUGUGUUAUUGCAUAGUUUUGAUGUCUUCACUAUUAUUCUACAAGGUAGAAAAUAGUAAAAAUAAAGAAACCCUUGAAUGAGUAGGUGUCCAAACUUUUGACUGGUACUAUAUGUGUUAAUUUUAAUAUUUUUUUUUUUUAGCAAAUAUUUAUCCCCUUAAGCCAAAUAUGAGCCCAAAUUCAGCCCCAAAAUACAAGUCACUACUGAUUGGGACCACUGCAACCAGACCCAAUUGUUUUUUAAAUGGCAACAAAAAAAGCACCUCGCUAGAAAUUAAAUGGCUGCAAAUAAACGGCCUGUUGAAUUGUUAAAAAUCACUUCUGAAAUUCCAUGAGCGAUUGGAGUAUUACCAGUGCCAUGUCUAGAUGAGUGAUACACUGUUAUGUGCCAUCUACUGUAACAAACCUUGUCAUCUACCGAACAUCUACCGAACAUUUCCCCUUUCCUUUAAAACUUCAUUCCUUUUUCUAUUUACCCAUUUCUUGUUUUUUUCGGACACCUUUCAAAAACCCGCUCCUGUUCUCACAAACCAUCCCUUCUUUCUCUAAUCCCAACCCCUUCCUAAAUCUCUAUGCUACUACUACUGUUUUAAACACCACGCAUAAUCCAUGGGACAACCGGGCAGUAACGAAUCAACCGUUCAACCCCAAUGAACCUACCACUCCAUAUACCAAAUAAUAGGUAUACAACUACAGUCUCAAGCCUAUUUGCUACUGUGAUGACUUCGUAAUGACUGAACGGUUACAUAUAAAGGCACUAUGGGCUGGGCACAUACC